AUGUCUGCUCCUACCGAUAAGCCCGCUUCCUCUUGCAAGGUGAUGUUGAGCAAGAAUGUUGCCAACCGCCUCCUCGCUGAAGUCGAAGAGGGGCUCAAGACUCUGGAGAAGCCGCCUCACUUGGUCGGCCUGCUGGCCAACAAUGACCCUGCCGCAUUGACUUAUGCUCAAAUGACACAGAAGACCUGCGAAGAGAAUGGAUUCAAAUACUCACUGCGUCAAGUGUCCCGCGACGAGAUCGAAGAAGCCAUCCUGAACGCGAACACUGACAACAACGUCGAUGGCAUUAUCGUCUACUACCCGAUCUUCAACAAUCGCCAGGAUCAGUACCUGCAGCAAAUCGUGGACAUGACAAAGGAUGUGGAGGGCCUGAGCCACCGUUAUAUCUUCAACAUGUACCAGAACAUCCGCUUCCUGGAUGGCGAGGCCAAGCGCCAGAAGUCCAUCCUGCCUUGCACCCCGCUGGCCAACAUCAAGAUCCUCGAGUACCUCAACAUCUACAACACCAUCCUGCCCUAUGGUAACCGCCUGUUCGGCCACACGAUUUGCGUCGUGAACCGCUCCGAGGUCGUUGGCCGCCCGCUUGCUGCUUUGUUGGCCAAUGAUGGUGCUUGCGUUUACUCGGUUGAUGUUACCGGUGUGCAGAAGUUUACUCGUGGUGAGGGCUUGAAGCACAAGACUCACGAGGUUGUUGAUCUUGAGGGAAAGACUAUGAAGGAUGUUGUGCCGCUUUGUGAUGUGGUUAUUACCGGUGUCCCUGGUGAGAAGUACAAGUUCGACACUAGCCUUCUGCGUGAGGGUGCUGUUUGUGUCAACUUCUCCAGCGAGAAGAACUUCCCCUACGAGGUCCGGGAGAAGGCCUCUCUCUUCGUUCCCUCCAUUGGAAAGGUCACCAUUGUUGUCCUUCUGCGGAACCUCCUGAGACUCAUUCAGAACAAGCGAAUGGAUGAUGUCAAGCCUGCCGAGGCCACUGAGCGCCCUGGCACCCUUGAGGCAUCCUCGUAA